CAGCAGGCAGCGGGCCAGGCUGGGUAGAGGUGGGGGUGGGCGAGGAGGGGCGCUCACGUCACGUGCGCGCGCAGGGACCGCAAUAAAUGCCCGGGAGCUCGCGGGAGCGGCGGAAGCGCUGGGCGCCUGGCUCUGCACACCGCGGCUGCUCCGAGCGGGAGCGCGAGGUCGCCGCCAUCCUCUGCCUCCCAGCCUCGCUCCUGUCCCCGCCCCUUGCUCCUGCGGAGGGCGCUCGGAGGAGCUCGGGCGCCCACCCUGGCUCGCUAGGCCGGCAGCUCCCUUUCAGCCCCAAUUUCAGGCUCUAACUUGGGAGGGCUACGCCUGCUGCAGGUCCUAACGGAGCCGCGGAGGCCCAGGCUCGCGUCCGCUCUCAGCGCCCUCGUCGCCCCAGGACGCGCGGCGCGCUGGUCGUUCCCGACCGGACUGUGUGUGUGCAGUCGCGUGCGCAGGCUGGGGCGGCUGCGGGAGGCCGGCGGUGGUGUUCGGCUCCGCUCUCGUAGGGAACUUCACGCUGGAGAGCCAAAAGGAGUGGAAGAGCCUGUCUUGGAGAUUUUCCCAGGGAAAUCCUGAGAUCAUUCAUUAUGAAGUGUACCGCGCAGGAGUGGCUCAGAGUGACCACAGUGCUAUUCAUGGCUAGAGCAAUUCCAGCCAUGGUAGUUCCUAAUGCUACUUUAUUGGAGAAACUUUUGGAGAAGUACAUGGAUGAGGAUGGUGAGUGGUGGAUGGCCAAGCAAAGAGGAAAAAGGGCCAUCACAGACAAUGACAUGCAGAGUAUCUUGGACCUUCAUAAUAAAUUACGGAGUCAGGUGUACCCAACAGCAUCUAAUAUGCAGUAUAUGACAUGGGAUGUAGAGCUGGAAAGAUCUGCAGAAUCCUGGGCAGAAGCUUGUUUGUGGGAACAUGGACCUGCAAGCUUGCUUCCAUCAAUUGGACAGAACUUGGGAGCACACUGGGGAAGAUACAGGCCCCCAACAUUUCAUGUACAAGCAUGGUAUGAUGAAGUGAGAGACUUUAGCUACCCAUAUGAACAUGAAUGCAACCCAUAUUGUCCAUUCAGAUGUUCCGGUCCUGUGUGUACUCAUUAUACACAGGUGGUGUGGGCAACGAGUAGCAGAAUAGGCUGUGCCAUUAAUUUGUGUCAUAACAUGAACAUCUGGGGACAGAUAUGGCCCAAAGCUGUCUACUUGGUGUGCAAUUAUUCCCCAAAGGGAAACUGGUGGGGCCAUGCUCCCUAUAAACAUGGACGGCCCUGUUCUGCUUGCCCACCUAGUUUUGGAGGCGGCUGUAGAGAAAAUCUGUGCUACAAAGAAGGAUCAGACAGGUAUUACCCUCCUCGAGAAGAAGAAACAAAUGAAAUUGAACGGCAGCAGUCACAAGUCCAUGACACCCACGUUCGGACAAGAGCAGACGAUAGUAACAGAAAUGAAGUCAUAAGCACACAGCAAAUGUCCCAAAUUGUUUCUUGUGAAGUAAGAUUAAGAGAUCAGUGCAAAGGAACAACCUGCAAUAGAUAUGAAUGCCCUGCUGGCUGUUUGGAUAGUAAAGCAAAAGUUAUUGGCAGUGUUCAUUAUGAAAUGCAAUCCAGCAUCUGUAGAGCUGCAAUUCAUUAUGGUAUAAUAGACAAUGAUGGUGGUUGGGUAGAUAUCACUAGACAAGGAAGAAAGCAUUAUUUCAUCAAAUCCAAUAGAAAUGGUGUUCAAACAAUUGGCAAAUAUCAGUCUGCUAAUUCCUUCACAGUCUCUAAAGUAACAGUCCAGGCUGUCACUUGUGAAACAACUGUGGAACAGCUCUGUCCAUUUCAUAAGCCUGCUUCACAUUGCCCAAGAGUCUACUGUCCUCGUAACUGUAUGCAGGCAAAUCCACAUUAUGCUCGUGUAAUUGGAACUCGAGUUUAUUCUGAUCUGUCCAGUAUCUGCAGAGCAGCGGUACAUGCUGGGGUGGUUCGAAAUCAUGGUGGUUAUGUUGACGUCAUGCCUGUGGACAAAAGAAAGACUUACACUGCUUCUUUUCAGAAUGGAAUCUUCUCAGAAAGUUUACAGAAUCCUCCAGGAGGAAAGGCAUUCAGAGUAUUUGCUGUUGUGUAAAAUGGAACACUUGGAAGAGGAUUGUAAAGACUGUUCCAAAUGCCAUAUUUCCUGAAGUUUGUAUAAAAUUGUAACAUUACUGUACAGAAGAUAUCAACUAUUUUCAGCCCCCCAAAAAGUGCCAAAUGCAUAUAAAUCUUGAUAGAUAAAUUCUGUAAAAAUUAAACAUGGGACAUUAUUAACUUUGGGAAAAGUAAUAUGUAACGGUUUUAGAAAUCCUGUGUUAAAUAUUGCUAUAUUUUCUUAGCAGUUAUUUCUAUAGUUAAUUACAUAGUCAUGAUUGUUCUACAUUUCACAUGUUAUUUUAUAUGGUGCUUUGUAUAUGCCACUAAUAAAAUGAAUCUAAACAUUGAAUGUGAAUGGCCUUCAGAAAAUCGUCUGGUGCAUUUAAAAAUAAUCAAUUCUUAAAAAAUGAAAGGAACCAUAGUAUCACAUUUUCCCCAGUUCAAUAUUAUGCCAUUACCUACUCCAAAUAAUCAGAAAUUGUUUUCCACUUAAUACCUGUAUAGUUUUUCUCUUCUGUUAAGUUUAGGCAUAUCAAAUAUUAUGUCCUGAUAUUGCACUUCUUAUUUUGUAUAAAAUAAUUUCUUAAUGUCCAAAUGAAUCUAUUAAAAUGUUUGAUUCCUUGGGAAUGGCUUUAAUAGUAAGUGGAAUGAACUAUUUGUUCCAUGAUAGAGUAGUGGUAUGAAAACAUUCCUAGUGAUAAUAUAGUAAAUAUAGGGUUAAGCACAGGCAGCCAGAGCUUUCUAUGUAUUGUUCAAAGUGAGGUCACACAUUUUUCUUUUGUAUCCUGGCAAAUACUCCUGCAGGCCAGGAAGUAUAAUAGCAAAAAUUUUAACAAAGAUAGACUAAUGUAUCACCAUUGCCACUGAUUUUAUUAAUGGUAAAUGGCCUUGUGUAUAAAUGUUGCCAUAUUAUGGUACUUAUGAUGGUGAUAUAUUUGUUUCUAUGAAAAAUGUAUUGUGCUUUGAGACUAAAAACCUGUAAAGUGUUAAUUUUGGUAUUUUUUUUUCCUCCUGGUGAAUUUACUCUUUCCCUGUAAACAUAUUAAAAUUAAUCAUGUUUCAAAA